AUGGUGGAUGAUUCCAUCGUAGCAACCGUUAACGGAAAAGAGAUCUCUUUUGACAAAGCGGUGUAUGCGGAGUUCUUUGAACUUCCAACGGAGGGUCAUCUGUUCGACUUGGUGCUCUCUUCUGAAAUCAUGGAGGAAAUGAAGACUUCCUUCUUUGCUGACGGUUCUAAGAUCCAUGUGAAUGGAUAUAAGAAGACAAACAAGGAGAGUAUCACGUAUGCGGCUCAACUAAGCCACCUGUUGAAGUUUUUGGGGGUUCCUGUUGGCAAACCGGCGCAGAUUAACUACGCAAGAGUUUUCACUGCCUCUACGGUGGCCAGCACUCUGAUUAGGGUGAUGAACAACCUAGAGUCUGCAUCUGGGGCCUCUAGUUUCCAGACUGGGGCAAAGAAAUCCAGAACUGUGAAUGAAUCGAAGGCCAGUUCCUCCAGCAUGAAAACCCCAAAUCAGAAGGACACCGAAUCCGUUGAUUCAAGAGUGAAGCAAGGUCUAGGCGUACUUGCUGAAACCCCGAUGACAUCAUUAUCUACUCCCUCAACCUUCUUGAGGAAACCUUCGAGGGCGAAGUCUCCUGUUACUCAAUUUGAUCAUGUAGCCGCCGGUGCUACAGAGUCGUCAAAACCAGAACAAGGUGCCGUUCCUAUCCUUGUUACUGGUGGACCCAAUAUUCCUGCUCCCAAGGAUUCCUUGGUGGUCGGAAAGAUUGUCUGUAGAGAGCUUCCUGCUGAGCUCUGUUUGAAACCUCAAUCGGCCAUCGAACUGUUGCGGGCCAGGAAAGGGACAAGAGGUAUUAUGAUUAGUGAACCAAGACCAGCUCCAAAACCUGUAGAAGUUGUUGGAAAAGGGAAGUCCAUUGCAUUUCAGGCUCCUGAGAAGGCAUCUGAAGCAAGAGCCAGGAAAGCAAACUUCAACCCUGACGCAAAAGGAGCUGAUGUUGAAGUCAAAGUGUUGAAGAAGUUGAAUGAUAUCAUCGAAAGCUAUGUUUCUGCUGCAUCUAGAUACAUUCAUGGUGCCGAUUGCUCUAGCGCAAAACCGCUCAACGAAGAAGAGGCAAUGGAUAUUCCAAACGCCGAUGAAUCAGAUGCUGCUCUCCUGAUCGAAUUCGGAACCCUGUCUGCCGAAGAGAGACAGCCUGAACAAGCUCUUGAGACAAAUGUUGAAGAAGUAACCUUAGAAGAUGUAGUAGAGGAGGCAUUGAAAGCUCCUAUUGAAGAAAAUGAAAUUGUAACCCAUGUUGCAAGAAUAGAGGGUGCUCAAGAGAAAUUGGCUGAGGUCACUCAGCCUGAAACCGCAAGAACUGAGGGGGAACCCUCUAAAGAGAAAGAUGAUGAAAAAGAAGGUUCUUCGUCUGAGGAGGAACAAGAUGAGCAACCAAAGUUUGUUAAAACUUACUUAUUUCCUGAUGGUGUUGUGGGAAGUGUUCACGAAAACAUAACCACUCCCCAUCACUAUUCUGGAAGUUUGCUCGAAAGAUUUGAAAGGGCACAAAGAGAAAUUGACGAAGAAGAGGCACAAGAGAAAGCGGCUAAGAACGCUGAAGUAAUUCAGCCUGAGCAAUCCUUGCAGAAGACUAUGUGUCAGUCAAUGAUCUCUAGGGAAGAGGAAAGAGCGAAUUUCAGCAACAUGUUCAAGAUCCUAACUGAGCUGGAUAAGACCCUGAAGAUGAAUACGUAUGAGACCCAUGUCUCGAAUGUAAAGUUUUCAAAAUUUCAACAGGAAAGCUUCAACCACCAAAGUGAACUAUUUGACAUUGAGAGAAAUGACAAUGAACGACAAGCUUUUGCUGAGAACCUUGCCAGGAAGUUUCAAUCUAUGGAAGAUGCUUUAGGCAAUGCUGAAGGUGCCCAACCUCGACCAAAUCAAGGUGAGUCAAGCAGAAGGAACGAUGGUGUAGCAACCGGGACCAGAUCCAGGCGGGCCCUAAGUUCUGAUGACAAUCCUAGGCCAACCAAGAGAGGUGGUGGUCGAAGUGGUUAUGAGCGUGGUGGAAGAAAUGGUGGCGGCCGGAGUAGGUUGUCUAAUGUUGAUCAAGGUGGAUGUGGCAGUGUUGCUGAGCGUGGAGGAAGAUCGAAUGGAGGAGGUCGUGGUGGUCGCGGCUAUCCUCAUUUCAUGAACAUGCUUCUCGGCAUCCGUCAAACCGACCUUAUUCCUCAGAUCAGCUGCCUACUCAUGGAACUCGGUGUUCCACUUUGUCCGGGUGAAGGACUGAAUCAGGCCCAGGUUAUAACCAAGGAAGUUGCCGACUCAUUCUAUGAAUGGUUCGAGAAGGCAUGGAAGAGGAAGAACCGACACCUCAACUCCUCCGGAAAUUAA